AUGGGUCUUAUCGGAAAGAGUUUUACUUCAAAAUUGAAAAACAUAACAUUACUUGCAAUUUCUAGGAUUGCAAUUUUGAAGAAUCAUCGCAAAGCUAGAGCUUCUUAUGCUCACUAUGACAUUUCUCAACUCUUGAAACUUGGUUACCAUGAUCAAGCUCUUGUUCGAGUAGAACAUUGGAUUGUAGAGCAAAACAUGUUGGAUGCAUUUGUCAUGAUUGAAGAUUAUUGUAAUGUCCUAAGAGAAAAAGCUCAUAUACUUGAAAAUAAUAAGGAGUGCCCCAUUGAUCUCAAGGAAUCAACAUGCAGCCUUAUAUUUGCAUCAUCAAGGUGUGGAAAAUUUCCAGAAUUACACAAAAUCCAAGAGAUUAUGACAUCAAAAUUUGGGAAAGAAUUUGCAGACCAUUCUAUUAAAUUGCAUAAAAACAAUGGAGUGAACACUAAGAUGAUUCAAAAGUUCUCAUCAAGAUAUAUCACCAUGGAAGUCAAAAUGAAUGCUAUGAAGAAAAUUGCUUCAGAAAUUGGAGUUACUUUGCCUUUUGAGAAGGACACUACAUUGACAAAUAAGGAAAAGUUGAAUGCUGACCAAGGGCAAAAUAAACUAGAAGCGGAAAAUCGUAGUAGUGUUGAAUAUGUUGAUGUUAAGCAUGAAGAAGAUGUCCAAUAUGGUCCUAAUCAAAAUUUAAUUGAAGAUAAGAAUCUAUUUGAUGUGAAUGAGGAAAAGAGAAGGAACAAAAAUGCUGCAGAAGCUGUUCUACAAGCUUUGGAAUUAGCAACUUUUGAAAUAAGUAAAUACUCAAAUCAUAAACAAAAGGGUGUAGUCAUUUCAAAAAGAAACUAUAGUAUUGAUCUUAAAGAGGAAACUCAAAUAUGUCAAAAUCCAAGAGAUGAAAUGAUAACACAAGAGAAUGCAACAAUAUUAGUUUCAAAGGAAAAUGCAAAUAGAGAAAGUGGCAUGGUUGGUGAAUUAAGCUCAUACAAGAGUUUGGAUGAUGAUGAUGAUGACAAUGAUCAUAAAAGUGAGUUUGAUGAUGCUAGAGAAAAUGAAGAUUUUAGUGAAGAAAAAACAUAUCCUUCUUCACAAGCUAUUAGAUGGAAUCCACAUAAGUCUCAAAGUAAUAUUGAUGUGAAUUUCACGGUAAGAAGACAUGUGAAGAAAAUGCAUACACAUCAUGAACAUUUGGACUGGAAAAUGAUGUCGGUGAGGACCAGAUGA